UUAUUACUCUUACCUGUCAUCAGUGCAACAGCUUCAAAACAACUAGAGACUUUUUCUGUCAAGACCUCAAGUUCCUCACAGUUGGAACCCCUUAUGUUUCAGGAUCAGCUGAACCCCAUCUGGUACAAUGUUUGGCUUGAUCCCAACCUCAGAAAUAAAACUAUGAACUUGCCAUUAGAACUUCAUCUGCUGUUGCAGUACUCUUAUGUUUGUAUUAGGCAUGACAGCUGUAUCCAAUGCAUCAAUUCCCUCCCAAAGGAAUGUUGCAGCAUAAGCUACAUGACCUUUGUAGGUGAAUGUAACACUGUCAUGAGCUCAGGCCAUUGA